GUGUGAGGCAGCUGUGAGCGCCAGCAGCUGACUGUUGUAGCUGUGCCAGUGUAGCGUGUGACACAGGCGAGGGAGGUACGCUUGGACUUUACGUGAUCUUUAAGUCUUGUGUUUACCCUCCUACUUUUGUGUAUCACUGAAGGAACACUGGGCUUUCAUCGCGUCAAGACAGGUAACGGAAUGAACUAGUCCACUUACCUCGGUCUUAUAUUGCCUUACGGUGUGGUUUGGCUAUCUAAAGGCCCACUGUACCAUCUGCCCUACAUAAAUGAUAACUGUUCAAGAAAUUACAGUGCUAAAUAGAUCCAAGUUAUGAACAUACGAGAACAAUGAGAGUGACAUUAAGAAACAAGAGAAGCUAGGCACCAUGCAAAAGCAAGAGGAAAUUGGCUUUUCACCUGUUUACCCUGCAGGGGGACAGUACCCACCGCCAGGCCAGUACCCCCCACCAGGGCAGUACCCACCUCCUGGCCAGUACCCACCCCCAGGCCAAUAUCCACCACCAGGCCAGUACCCUCCUCCUGGCCAGUACCCACCCCCAGGCCAGUAUCCUCCACCAGGCCAGCCAGGUCCUUAUGGCCAACCUGCUCCCGGAUAUGGAGGGCCACCAGGGGCACCAGGUGGUGUGCCACAAGGUGGAUAUGGGCCUCCUCCAGGUCAGUAUGGUUAUGGCCCAGUCCCAGGACAGUAUGGUGAACAACAACCGGGCCAGCCAGCGGCUGGUGGAGGAUGGAUGCCUACUCCCACCGUAGCAAACUGUCCACCAGGCCUUGAGUACCUCAGCCAGAUUGACCAGCUGCUGGUGAAACAACAAGUGGAGCUGCUGGAAGCCUUCACUGGAUUUGAGACUGCCAAUAAGUACAAGGUGCAAAACUCAAUGGGUCAGAAAAUUUAUUUUGCGGCUGAGGACACAGACUGCUGCACAAGGAACUGCUGUGGUCCUCUUCGGCCUUUUGACAUGAAGAUCCUUGACACCUCCCAGAAUGAAGUGAUCCACCUCAAUCGCCCCCUGGCUUGCACCUCCUGCUGCUUCCCAUGCUGUCUACAGAGCAUUGAGGUGUCAUCACCUCCAGGUACAGUCAUUGGCACUGUCAAGCAAGAGUGGAGUAUUUGUGCACCUAAGUUUACAGUGCGCAAUUCCUCUGAUGAUGUCAUCUUAAGGAUUGAGGGACCUAUCUGCACAUGGAGCAUCUGUGGGGAUGUGGAGUUCCAGGUUCUGUCAGCUGAUGGAGAUGUGCAGGUGGGCAAGAUCAGCAAGCAGUGGAGUGGCUUGGCAAAGGAAGUAUUCACCGACACUGACAACUUUGGCAUUUCCUUCCCAACUGACCUGGAUGUCAAAAUGAAGGCCACUUUGUUGGGUGCUGUGUUCCUCAUUGACUUCAUGUUCUUUGAGAAGCAGGGCAACAAGGAGAAUGACAGCGUUGGGAUGUUCUAAGCCAGAAUGCAGGACACGUGAGAAUCACCACGGCAUGGGUAACAAGAUGGAUGCUCCAAGUAUGAGAACAGGAUUGUAAGGAUUCUAUAUUAGGUGCCAUCAAGGAAUCACAACCUCCCUGGGAUCACAUAUGCUUUGGCUGCUGUUAGUUUGUGCCAAGAGAGCAUCCAUUAUGGCGCAGAGUUUUGCAUGGUGACAGUGAUUCAGGAAAUGCAUGUCACUGAUCCACAUUUUAUUUUGUCUUCUUACUUUCUUGUGGUUUCUUUUUUAUUGUGUAUAAUUGAUACUCUGUCCUUCAUGUAUACUAGUAGUGUGUUUAAUUUGAGUUAUAAAGUUGUAAUCAUGUUUUGAGGAAUAUCUCAUGACAGAUUGUGAUUCCAAACUGCAUUCAUGGAACAACAUUGUCUGAUUUUUUUUUCUGAAGUGAUCUCUUGAAUGUGACCUCUGAAAAUUAUGUCAUAAUAAUUUGUCCACAUCACUCAAAAAACUAGGCCAUAAUAUUCUCUCUCUCUCUCUCUCUCUCUCUCUCUCUCUCUCUCUCUCUCUCUCUCUCUCUCUCUCUCUCUCUCUCUCUCUCUCUCUCUCUCUCUCUCUCUCUCUCUCUCUCUCUCUCUCUCUCUCUCUCUCUCUCUCUCUCCUUCCUUCCUUCCUUCCUUCCUUCCUUCCUUCCUUCCCAAAACUCCCUAAGACCUAAGGUGUCUGAUUAGAUAUUCAAAUGAAGCAAAGCCUGCAAAGCCUGUUACCUGAGCAUUACAUGAAGGCUUAUCCCAGUCAGCCUUUGCAACACUCCUUCCUUAACUCAGUUUUCAUUGUUGUUGUGGGAUUUAUCUGAAAAUUUCUCAGGAUCCUUUGUCAAUAAUGAGUCUCUACCAGUAUUUCCCAUCAUAUACCUUUCUUAUGUAGAGUGAAACCAGCCAAAAUACCUACUCAGGCCAACUAUUGUGAGCUUGGUCUGGCCUUUCAAAAUGUAAUGAAGGAAAGAAAAAGAAACUGUAAAUGCAAACACAAGCUCACAAAGUGCCUCUGUACAUGAGCUGACCAUAAACUUCUUAGUGUUAGUGGAAGUCAGUCAUUAGUGACGUAUUCUGUGCAUAUGUAUUCUUAUUGCAGGUUGUAGUUUAUGAAAACUUGUAUGAGAGUAUAAGAUCAGGUAAAACAGUACUCUCUCUCUUUAUUGCUUUCUUCGUUCAAAACUAUCUUCAACUUUGAUUGAGCCACAGACAACUAAUGAAUGGAGACUUCCCAGUAUUUCAUAAUCUUCCUAUUUAAUUCCCAAUGAAGGCACAAAAGAUUUAAAGUAUGUUUUAUAGACAAUUUGUUUCUCUUACCAAGUACUUUUAUGGUUUAUCCGAUUCUGUCAGAAUAGAUGACCGUUUUCCAAGCAUAAUCUUAAUAGUAUUUCAAUAAAAUAAUUGCAUAAAAAAGAAAAGAAUAUUUUAUUGUUUAGCAUUAUAGAAUUGCUUUGGAUUACUCAUUCAUUCAUGAUCACCUCAGAUGUGUAGCUUGUGGCCACUUGUCUUUUUAUCUGUUAGAUGAUAUGAUACAAAGGAUUUAAGUUUGAUCACUCAGACACAAAGACUGUCAGUGCACAAAGAUGCCUUCCUUAGCAUGGCACCAUACUGUAGGAAGCACUUCAGAUCUUUUGCUGUGUAAUGUUCUGGGUGCAUAAUUAGAUAUUGCUGUGAUUAAGGUACUUAAGUAAUUUUUGAAAAGGCAUAGAGUAUAAUCUCUUGAAAUCUUUCAUAUAGAAAAAAUGGACAAUAAUUUUGUGCAAUGUAAAUGGCAAGUAUGAAUUUUAUGGCCUUGGGAAGAAUGUAAUUGUUGAAUAUAGAGAUUCCUUUAUUUUUUUGUAAUGACAUUUUGUUAUCAGUAGUUUAAAAAGAGUACUUAGUUACUAUAAAGCCUCUUGAAUAGAAAAAGCAACACUGGCCAGUUGUUUUACAUACACCAGUAAGUAAUAGCUAAGUGUUGAGGUGCAGGGCAUGAGAAGCUACAUGUUAUCAGGGUGGAGAUGUUGGAAGCUUGUCCUUGUUGUCUGCUUAACGUGGUCAAGAGAACCAGCUAUUGAGGAACUUUGUAUUUAUUUUUUGCAUGUUAGGAACUUGUAUCAUUACUGUAAUAAGUGUUAGCUUCAAACUUCAUGCAUUUAAUACACACACACACACACACACACACACACACACACACACACACACACACACACACACACACACACACACACACACACACACACACACACACACACACACACACAA